AUGACAACUGAACGUUAUACUCGAUUCCAACCUUGCUACGUGCUGCGCGAUAAUGAUAUCCCUUGCAUUAUAUGGGGUGAAGACGCAGUUGCCUAUUACGGAGUUCCGACAGUGGUUUUCACUUUCUAUAUUCUCGUACCAGACAUCGACAAAGCCGCCAACAUUCUCAUACAACGAGGCUGGCAUCUUGAAGACAAUGCGCGAAGCAAAUUUGGGAAUGACCCACUGUCAAGUGCCCAUCGCCGCUUGAUGCCGCCAAUUGAUAUGACCGAGAACAUACGCAUCCAGCCGUCAAGAGGCCCACCACCGCCACCAAGUAAACUGCCCCCGGGACCAACAAUGACAAUUCUACUUCCAGCCCCAGAAUGGCAUUUCACUUUCCCGUCAGUAUUCGAAGGCUUCUUUCCACCUUUGCCAGCGCUGCUGGAUGCUCUGAUUGACAGGCUGCUCGACAACGACCCUCUCGCAAAUGAGAUCUGGAGCCAUUUGGCGACUCUCAUAGCCUAUCUAUAUAGCUAUGUCCCUGCGCUGAAGGAAAAGUCUUUUGCCGAGUAUUUGAAAUAUGAGCAUCGCCAAUACCACUACGACACUCUGUCAGGAAUGGGAACGGCCACAUUUCCAUUCGUACGCCAUCAAAGAAAAGUUCGCGACGCGUUGCGAGAUGGGAAUCAUCUGCUGUGUGACUGCUCUGCAAAUCAAGACGACGAGUCGUUGUUCACAGCUAAGGUUGAGGAGCGGGUUAGGGCGCUGAAUGCCUCCUCGUUCUCGCCGGAGGAAUAUGAGAUUGGAAAACUGCGGCAAGAGGAAUACGAGCCGGACUGUUCUGAUUAA